UUUAAAUAAUUUCCACAGAUGAAAUAUACAGAGAUCAAGGCAGAAGACAAUAUUUCCACAGUGAUUCAGUUCAUCCUCCUGGGAUUCUCUGGCCUUCCCAACCUCCAAUGGUUUCUGUUUGGAAUUUUCUCCAUAAUGUACUUGAUUAUCUUAAUUGGAAAUAGUUCCAUAAUUGUGAUAACCAGGCUUGACCCCGCAUUGCAAAAGCCAAUGUAUUUUUUCUUGGCCAAUUUUUCUUUUCUGGAAAUCUGUUAUGUGUCAGUCACUCUCCCUAGGAUUCUGUACAAUCUUUUGACUCAAGACAGAGGAAUUUCUCUUCUGGCCUGUGCUACUCAAAUGUUCUUCUUCCUAAUUCUGGCAGCAACUGAAUGUUUCCUCCUGGCUGUGAUGGCCUAUGACUGCUAUGUGGCCAUCUGUAACCCCCUGCACUAUUCUCUCAUCAUGAACCCAACAAAGUGCACUCAUUUGGCAGUGGGCUCCUGGCUUGGUAGCAUCCCAGUCCAGAUAGGGCAAACCUAUUGGAUAUUCUCUCUGCACUUCUGCAAUUCUAACAGAAUAGACCACUUCUUCUGUGACGUUCCCCCCAUCCUGAAGCUGGCCUGUGGGGACUCUUCAGUGCAUGAGCUGUCUAUCUACAUAGUGGUUAUGCUCUUUGUUGCCUUCCCUUUUAUGCUGGUACUUGCCUCCUAUGGCAAAAUCCUUGCCACCAUUCUCAGACUGCCAACAGCCAAGGGACGGGCUAAAGCCUUCACCACAUGUUCUUCCCACCUGGUUGUGGUGGUUUUGUUUUUUGGGUCUGGCACUAUUACCUAUUUGAGGCCAAAGUCCAGUCAUUCUGCGGGAACUGAUGAGCUGCUUUCUCUUUUCUACACCAUUGUAACCCCCAUGUUCAACCCCAUGAUAUACAGCCUUAGGAACAAGGACGUGAUUGCAUCACUGAGAAGGUUCAUACAUAAAGUAUAG